AUGGCUGCGGACAACGAUGAGGUAGCAGUUUUCAACGAAUACAUCGCAAAAUACGGCGACUACAGAUCGGAUAUUACCAAAGCCAUCGAAAUUCUCGAACGAAUCGACAUGCACGAAAUACUCAUCGCUGAACAUUUGGCACAUCAAGGAAUUGAUUGCGAGCCUAAACAACUCUCUUCGCAGCAACCACAAAUCAACAACGUCCAGCAAGGCGACAAUUACAACAGCAGGUCAUUAUACGCUAAUCAACUUCAUGCCAACUCUCCAUAUGCCACCUCCCAGCUUGAUCGCCACGAGAACAGCCAAUUCAACUACUUCGAUGCGUCACUACUAUCACGACUAGAUCUUCCGUCAUUUUCUGGAAAUCUGAUCGAAUUCCCAGAAUUUUGGUCUCGCUACAACACACUCGUGCACUCGAAGACGUCAUUAUCUGGCGCAACGAAAUUCUCGCUUCUAAAAAGUUGUUUGAAAGGACGAGCACUGCAAUGCGUGGAAGGUUUACCAAUUACCGAUGGAGACUACAUCACUGCUGUCGACAUUCUCCAUAUGACGUACGACAACCCGUGCGCAAUGCGCCAUCUCAUCUACACGCAACUUUCAAAUCUUCCACAGUGCGAUGCCGAAGGAAAACAACUCCAAGACAUCUACCUCAAGAUGUUGCGCCUCGUCCGCCAAUACACCUCAAUCACACCAGGAUCGCCAGAAUAUGGACUGGGUGCUCUCCUCUACAACAAGCUACCUAAAUUCGUCAAAGCCCGCAUCUACGAUAAAACCGGAGCAAAACUCAAGACGAUCGAAAAAGAUACUGGCAAUGGGACAACAAAAACGCUCGCCUCUCGAGACAACCACUACAAUCUACGUCAACAAACAACACGAGAACGAUUAAUUUCUCCGUGGACAUCAACAAACUAUCAGAAGGACGACAACGACAUCAGUCGCACAAUCGCCGAUCACACGAAUGCCGAACCAAGCUCAUCGUACGCAGCGGUGAUUCACUCCACAUCAACAAAGAGUAACAACCAGGACAGCGAUGACGAACAAGGAACUGAACAAAUACUCCUGAUGUGUGCAAAAGUCACCGUCGCGAAUCCCGGCGAUAUGACGAAGCAACUAAUCACCACGGCAUUCCUUGAUAGCGGAUCAUCACACUCAUACAUCACUUCAGACGUGGCUGAAUAUCUUCAACUUCGCAGUGUCGGUAACGAAAUAACACUCCACACGUUUGGAUCAAGAGAGCCACUGUCCGUCUCAUCGAGCCUUCAUAAAGUCAACAUGCUGCUUCCUGAUGCGACUCCUUACUCAUUGGACGUUCAAUCGCUACCACACCUCACCAAACCAUUGAUGGCCCCAUGCGAUCUUCAAACCGCACUACGCGAAACUCUCCGACAACAUACCACUAUCUACGCAACCAGUCCACACAGUGGAUUUCACUUACUCAACACGCGACUGGAACAGAUGAUCAGUGGCAAGAAAAUGUCCACUCGCACAAUCAACAUAGCAGUUCGCGACGAUCCUGAUCAUCCAUUCAACAAAGACGCACUCGACAAAAUGGUUGAACGCUUUUGGACUUGUGAGUCUCUUGGAACUCCUAACGAAGCUAGCUCAAAAGAUGACGUUAUCUGCCUCGACUUCUUUAAUAACACCACUCGUUAUGAUGAGGACGAAUGCCGUUACUAUACACGACUCCCUUUCAAAAGUGAACCACCAGAGGUACCAGAGAAUUUCCAAUACAGCCUCUCCUGCUUACGAUCAAAUUGGAAAACACUCUCAAAGGAUCCCGAACACUUACGAAAAUACCACGCCAUAAUUCAAGACCAAAUUCAACGAAGCAUCAUCAAAGAAGUUCCUCUCUCGGAAACCGACUCACCAGGUACAUUUUUAUCACAUCAUGCAGUUAUUCAGCAAUCGAAGAAGACGACUAAAAUACGACUGGUCUACAAUGGUAGUGCAAAAGUCAAUGGAUGCCCAGUUAAACGAUCGUUGUUAUUUCGCGGGACCCAAUACUUGCUACCAGGAUCUGAGGCGAAAUAUGCUGGGAUACGCCUCGGUCCAUCUUCUCAGCGGAGAUAUCGAGAAAGCUUACCACAUGGUCGGCUUAGAGAACUGUGA